AUAAAAUUGGAAAAAUGUUUUCCUUCCUACCAAACACACCCUAACUACGUAAAAUCUCUAAUUCCGCCUUCUAAAAAUCUCUGUCGCCCGGAAACCGUCCCAAGACACAAUCCUAGGGCCGGUUCUGGCGGGAGAAUGUCGGAAAGUUCCUUAAAUGAAAUCUCCGGUCACCGGUCGGCAGAUUUUCCGGCUUCAGUUACCGAAAUCACCGGAAAUGCUGAUCUAUUGACGGAGAUUUUCCUCCGGAUACCCCCAAAAUCCCUUCUGCGGUCCCAAACCGUCUGUAAAUACUGGUUUUCCCUUAUUUCAAGCCAAAGUUUCCGUCGACUUCAGUGCCGGAGAAAACACAGUUCCGGCAAAGUUGACGGACUCUUUUUCUGCUGGUGGGUUUGUGGAAAUGACCAUUUGGAGUUCAUCCCUUUCAACGGCAUGCCUAAAAACCAAAUGAGUAUGAUUCCUUUAGCAUUCAAGAAUCUUGCCACGUGUACAACUUCAAAGCUUCAAUCUUUACAUUCUUGUAGUGGAUUGUUCUGUAUUAACUUCAACUUGGGUGCUGAAAAUCAAGUAUGCUAUGUUUAUAAUCCCAGUACAAAUCAGCAUAGGUUGAUUCCACUUCCAAAUACAAAGCCUUUUGAGAUUGUGGUGAUGAAUAUGGCUUUUGAUCCAAUUGUAUCUGAUAGUUAUAGAAUUGUAUGUGUAAUGAAAUCAAAUGGGGUUUAUGAAUUUUCUGUAUAUUCAUCACAAUCUGGAAUUUGGAAAGAUUCUAAGGAAAUAUUGGAUAUAAAGCAAUUCUUUUUAGCUCAGGGUGUGUCCUUGAAUGGCUGUAUGCAUUGGGUUAGUGAAGGUGGGUCCUUUUUAAGGUUCGAUUUGGAUUCUUUGUGCUUUAAAACUAUGCCUAGCACUGUAAUUCCUAAUGGCUUGUUGAAAAGGAAUAUAAGGUAUUUUGGGCAGUCUGGUGGACAUUUGCAUCUUAUUGAGGUACAAGGUUUUAGUUCAAUGAAUUUUGAAGUUCUCGAGUUGGGGAGUGAUUAUCGUCAGUGGUUUGUAAAGUAUCGUGUUGAUCUUAGUGCUCUGCAUAUUGCAUAUCCACUGAUGUUGAGUGAAGAACUUGAUUCACUAGAUGUGAAUCGUCGAACGUGCAAUGUUAUAUCUGUUAUUGUUGAUGACAAGGAACAGACAUCAAGAUUUUUGGUAAGCAUGCCAGAAGUUAUUAUUGAAUAUGAUGCUCGUCGAAUGACUAUCAAGGAGGUUGCUGAUUUAGGGACAGCGAAGAUCCCUGUCAUGUGGGAAGAUGUUUCGGUGUUUGAAUGGUAUGACACCCACCAAUAUGUUGAGACAAUGGCUUGUGUCUGAUACUGCUAUGGCUUCUUUUAUAUAAGUUUACUUAAAGAAAAGAGCUGGUGAUAGAUGGACCUCAUUCAUGUAUGCCAAAUGAUGUGGUCACUUAUCACUGAAGACGCCUGCAUAUGAUGUAUGUGGUCUAUUUGCUGCAAAUAAAUCUUGGGUUUUUUUUUCUGCUUAAUAGCCUCAUCGCAUGGUACAUCAGAGAAUAGUAUCUGUUGCAGUCUUAAGUUUUCUUUCGCGAAGAACAAAAUUUGAAAGCUGUGGUUGCUCUCUUCAUUUGUAAAGUACCUAUGUUUGAUAAACUACUAGUUCCCUGCUGGUGUAGUUGAAGUGUAAAUGACUUAGUGUACAUUGGCAAUUUCAAGGUGGAUUAUGUAUAUGAUUUAUGAUUUGCUUGCUGCAUGUUCUGAGAGUUAUUUUCUUUGAUUGCAUUCUUGCACUUCUUGAAAACUAUGAAUCUAUUUCCACACAAGUUUCAUGAUGUCACUGAUGAUCCAAACAGAAAGGUGGCGAUAAAGAAGAGAAAUAAAUUAAAGGGGGAAUAGAAUAUUGAGGAAAAUUUUCUUCUUUAUCUCUGGUUUAAGAGGGGAAAGAAGAAUGAUCCUGUUCCCUUACCUACAUCUCCAUUAAAGAAACAUUUCUGUUAUCUUCCUUUGUUGAAACCACUAAAAGGAAUAAUUGGUUUCACUGUUUCCUUUCUUUUUAUCCAAAGACAAAUAGUCCAAGCGUGGUAUAUUGGAAAUCGACAACCUUUGAUCAUGUAAAAGAGUUGCGCAUUUACUUGAGAAGUAAAAACUUGAUUGUGGUCAUGAAGUGGCAGUUAGGGUGAGAGCCAUGUUUUGCCCUAUAUUGUAUCUUAUGAAUACCUUCCCAUAGAUUUUCUAGAGGAGUUUGGCAGAGAUGAUUACAUUGGUAAUCUAUUGUCUUCUUUUUAUUUUUCAUCGUACUACACUUGUUGCUGAUGACCUAACUGUUUAAGUGCGAUCUCAAGUUUUCUGGCAGGGGAUCCACCCUACUGUGUAUAAUCUGAGGUAAAAUAUUCUACUCAAGUCACACAGGCAGUGUGAUGUAGAGGAUGUGGUCGUUACCUGUCUCUUACACCUAUCAAAUCGACCACAAUGCCCUUGUUCAAUGGAGAAAAAGAUUUCCAAUCUUGCCAUAGAUUCUGUAUUCUCAAGGAUUCAUCUUCUGCAAACAAAGAAAUGAAUUAUCUUGGAACAUUAAGAAAUUUGCUGCAAUCUUAAGGAGAAGAUCGGCCUAGAGUAGCCUAAUCGAUCUGUUGCAUUUAUCACAUAAAUUAACUAAAGGUGAUUUUAGCCAUAGCCAUCCUUAGCAAGUACAUUGUUAAGACUUUUUGUUUAUUGCUGAUUUGCUGUCUAGGUCACAUUUCAUGUUGCAUCCAAAGGAAGUCAAAGAUUGAGUUUGAGCUUUUCGAUC